UGUAGUUACAUUUUAAACGUCCCCCCUGCGCAAUGAAGAUGUCAGUUAUGUAGUCGAUGCCUUGGCCGAUUACCGUGUACAAUUUCGUAAAAAUGAACGGUCUGCAAUUUAUCUUUGCAUGUUCUGCGAAGAGGAUAAUCAGAAACAAUAUGAUACGCAUCUACUUAAAGCGAACUUUCGUACUGACUAGACUGCCUCUCAAAUGUUCCGAAGGACAACUGAUCCAUGUGGGACGACAGUCAAGCUCUACAGCUGCAAGUGCAGAGAAAGGAGAGGACUUCUUCUUCAAAUGGUUCUUGCUUCUCAUCCCUGCAACCACGUUUGGGCUUGGGACGUGGCAGGUUAGACGGCGACAGUGGAAAUUGCAGAUGAUGGCAGAUUUGAAAAACCUUACCUCAGCUGAACCCAUCCCACUUCCCAUCGAUCCCCUGGAGCUGAAGGACUUGGAGUACCGCAGGGUAAAAGUGAGAGGUCGCUACAACCACUCCCAGGAGAUGUACAUUCUACCACGCUCUCCUGUCGACCCAGAGAAAGAGGCCAGGGAAGCGGGCACCCUGUCAUCCAGCGGGGAGACUGGAGCCAAUGUCAUUACCCCAUUCUACUGCACUGACCUAGGGAUCACAAUCCUUGUCAACAGAGGAUAUGUACCGAGGAAAAAGAUCAGACCUGAGACCAGGACAAAGGGACAGGUGAAUGAUGAGGUGGAGGUGGUGGGGGUGGUGAGGUUGACAGAACCCCGUAAGCCCUUCGUGCCUCAAAAUAAUGUGGAGCGGAACAGCUGGCACUACCGGGACCUGGAGGCCAUGUCUUCAGUCACGGGUGCAGAACCCAUCUUCAUUGAUUCCGACCUGGCCAGUACCAUUCCUGGAGGCCCAAUAGGAGGACAGACAAGAGUCACGCUGAGGAACGAACACAUGCAGUACAUCAUGAUAUGGUAUGGCCUUUGUACAGCUACCUCUUACAUGUGGUACAUAAAGUUCUUCAAAAAGAUUAAGCUAUAAAUGCCCAAUCUGGCUCAUGUUGGUUUACUUCAAGACUUCAAUCACUUCUGAAGCUCUACAGCUCAUCAAGAAGUUGGUUUUAUGUGAAAAGUUGUGAAAUACUGUCAAUAAAUGUAUCGUGAUUCACAAA